AGUCUACUGGAAGUUUCAACCAUACCUACAACCAUCAGCCUCGACCCGACCACUCGACGAAUCAUAUUUCGGCACGCGUUUAGUCUCAGUUAUAGUUGUGAACACGGCCGUAUACUUAGCAUCGCGACACCUCGUGCGCUGGUCUUGAGUUGGCGUGGAUGCUGAAUGGGCGUCUCGUGUUAUUAUGGGAAACAAGAUUUUAUAACCUCCGACGCGACUAAGGAAAGUUAUACGUCUGCAUAAUUUUAAAGCAAAAUCAAAAUUUUAAGAUCAAAUUUCAACAAACAUGACGGAUGAAAAGAUUGCCGAAGUCAGUGGGGAUGAAACAGCAGCUGACGAAAAAAACACGGAAAAUUUAACAUGGAAGGAUUUGGGAAUUGUUGAUUCGCUGUGUCAAGCUUGUGAAGAUUUAAAAUGGAAAGCACCUACAAAAAUUCAAAGGGAGGCUAUUCCUUUGACAAUUCAAGGAAAAGAUGUCAUAGGACUAGCUGAGACAGGUUCAGGCAAAACUGCUGCCUUUGCCCUUCCAAUAUUACAAGCUCUUUUGGAAAAUCCUCAACGUUAUUUUGCACUCAUUCUGACACCCACAAGAGAAUUAGCUUUUCAAAUUUCUGAACAAUUUGAGGCUCUUGGAGCAAGUAUUGGAGUCAAAUGUGUUGUUAUUGUUGGAGGUAUGGAUAUGAUGACUCAAUCGUUAAUGUUAGCUAAAAAACCACAUAUCAUCAUUGCAACCCCAGGUCGAUUAGUCGAUCAUUUAGAAAAUACUAAAGGAUUCAAUUUACGAUCAUUAAAAUUUUUGGUUAUGGAUGAAGCAGAUAGAAUUUUAAAUAUGGAUUUUGAAGUAGAAGUAGACAAGAUUUUGCGAGUAAUUCCACGUGAAAGAAGAACACUGUUAUUCUCAGCAACUAUGACAAAGAAGGUACAAAAAUUACAACGUGCGUCUCUUCAAAAUCCAGUUAAAGUUGAAGUUUCAACCAAAUAUCAAACAGUGGAAAAGUUGCAACAAUAUUAUGUAUUUAUUCCUGUAAAAUUUAAGGAUGUUUACUUGGUUCAUAUUUUAAAUGAACUAUCUGGAAAUAGUUUUAUGAUCUUCUGUUCCACAUGUAACAAUACCAUGAGAACUGCACUUCUUUUGCGUAGUUUAGGAUUCAUGGCUGUACCUUUACAUGGUCAAAUGUCCCAAAAUAAAAGAAUUGCAGCACUUACCAAAUUCAAAGCAAAAAAUAGAUCAAUUUUAAUCUCUACAGAUGUUGCAAGCAGAGGUCUUGAUAUCCCACAUGUUGAUGUUGUUAUUAAUUUUGAUAUACCAACACACAGCAAAGACUAUAUACAUAGAGUUGGGAGAACUGCUAGGGCUGGUCGCUCUGGCAUUUCUGUUACAUUUGUAACUCAAUAUGACGUUGAGUUAUAUCAAAGAAUAGAACAGCUGAUUGGAAAGCAGCUUCCUAUAUAUAAAACAGAAGAGCAAGAAGUAAUGGUGCUUCAAGAAAGAGUAGCAGAGGCUCAGCGUAUGGUUAAAAUGGAAAUGAAAGAUAUAGAAGAAAAUAAAAAGUCAGGAAAAAGGAAAAAGCGUUCUGGAGAUGGAGAUGAUGAUGAUGACACAGAACAAUCGAUAGGUGUUAGAAAGCGUGUAAAGGGAAAAACUAAGGGUAAAGGAAAGAGAAGUUAAAUAAAAAUUUUUACAUAAUUAUAUCAAGACUAUUCAAUAAUAAUCACAAACUCAGAUAUAUAUAUAUA